AAUUAAUAUAUGUCAGGAGAAUAACCUAUACUUAAAGCAUCUAAUGUUAAAUUAGAUACAAUUGUAAUACUUUUAUAAUCCAUUUUAGGCUGCUAUGAAAAUUAUCAAAUUAGCUAAUGAUAAUCCAACUAUUAAUCAAUAUGGCUAUCUAUUAGGAAUUAUUGAAAGUGAAACUAUUGAAGUCACUAAUUGCUUUCCCAUUAUUGAUGUUGAUGAAGAAUAAGAUCUAUAAUAUGAAUAUUUAGAUUAUGCAAAAAAACAUCAUUUAGAUUUUCAUAAACUUGGUCUCUAUAUCAUUACAGAUUAAAAUAGACAUUUUACUUUAGAUUAAUUUGAAGAUAUUAAUAGACUUUAAUUCUAUGUUAAAUAUGCCUUUGUCUUAGUUUAUUCUUUGCAAUUGGCUAAAUCUGGACAUACUUAACCAUUCUAAGCAUAUGUGGUAAUACAUCUUUUUAUUAUUAUAAAUAGAUCAAUGAAAAAUAUUCAGAAAUCUAUUCCAAAGAUGAAAUUCCUGUUCUAAAUAUUAAGAACGAUAAAAUCUAUAGAACACUUCCAUUAGAAUUACUUAAAACACCAUUAACAUAAGUAAUUACAAAUCUAAUUAUUAGGCAUUCUUAUAUUAAUAUAGAACUUCUAUUGAAGAGAAAUUUAAAAAUGAAGAAACCAAAUUUACAUCUAAUAUUUCAAAUUAUGGUAGAUAACUAAUUGAAACCAUUGAAGAAUAAGUCACUUUAUCAGAUAAAAUCAAUUCAUCUACUUAAAAUAAGAAAGAAGGAGAUAAAGUAUAUUAUUUCCUUCAAUAUAACUAGCAACCUGAAUUAUUAGAAUAUUUAAUUUCCAUGAAUAAGCUCUAUUAUUUAGCAGAAACUAUUAAAAGAGAAACCUAAUUUACAUUAGAAACAGAAUAAGUAUUGACAAAUAUAUUAAAAUAAUGAUUAAUAGUAUAUUAGUAAAUUAACAUAUCAGAC